ACUUUGUCCCGGUAACUUUGUUUGAAAUAACUAAAUUCUGAUAACUCUUCAUCCGAAGCAAUUCAAAUCAAUAACAAAUUAGAUUUUUCUAUCGACUUUUUACAGAUGUCGUUAUGUCAAAAAAGCUUUUAGAUCUUGAUAUUUUUACGCUAUUAAACUCUUUAAAAUUCCAGAAGCUUGGAAAAAAUAACAAUGGCUUAUUUAAUUCGUUCAGACUAAAAACACCAGUGGUUGUAUCCCAAAAGCUUGCUUUUACACACCGAUUCUAUCAUAAAACAGCAGAUGGUUUAUGUUCGUUAUGGUUUGAGAAAACUUUGAAAACAAUUUGUGUUCGCUAUUUUACACAAGAAAGUUUCUUGUCAUUAAAUGAUUAUAACACUGUUGUUGAGAAAACUCUUGAAGACCUGCAUGAUCAUUUUGAUAUUUUAGCAGAUCAGGGUUAUUUUAGCAAAGAUUACGACUCAACAUUAACAGAUGGUGUGUUAACUAUAAAGUUAGCAGAUAACAGGAUAUAUGUUAUAAAUAAACAAACGCCAAAUCGUCAACUUUGGUUAUCAUCUCCGGAAAGCGGACCUAAGCGGUACGAUUUUGUGGAUAACUCUUGGGUAUAUUCCCACGACCCUACUGACACUAUGCACGAAUUUCUUUCAAAAGAACUACAAACGUUAUUUAAAAAGGAAAUUCAACUUUCACAUUUAUCGUAUGCAAAACGAAAUUAAUCUUUUACAAGGAAUAACAAUUUUAGUUCUUAACGAGAAAAAAUGGUUGGAUAUAAAACACCCUAAAAAUGCUUAGAAAUGAAACACCUAAAGUUGUUUACAUCUGCAAGUUAUGAUUUUCAGACAUGUUAUAAGAGCGUCUAAGAAUCUUAGCUGUCAUGGACGAAGUUGUAACUCUUAAGUUACAGCUUUUACCCGUUAUAGGAACUAUUUAAUUGGCUCGUAUUUAACCAAAAUAUAGAGUUCGAACCUACUUUCUA